AUGAAGCGAAUUGCAGCUGCUCUCAUCCUCCUCGUAGGAUUUGGUCGCAGAGCCGAGUGCACCAUGGUCUACGAUUUUGACGCUAUUAAUCCCUCGGUCAACCUCACUUGGACACCGUGUUACGACAACUUCACCUGCUCCAAACUCCAAGUCCCUCUCGACUAUUCGAACCCGAGCCUUGGCGCCGCAUCCAUCGCUUUUAUGAAACUGGCUGGGAAAAAUGUCACUUCUGAUUCCCAGAGCCUCGUGAUCAUCCCCGGCGGCCCGGGCGGGUCUAGCAUCGACCAGCUACUGUCAUACCAAGACAUAGUCGGACAGAUGUUUGGCGACACGUACAACUUUGUCGCCUUUGACCCCCGAGGCGUCGAGAGAAGCAGCCCAAGCCUGGAUUGCUUCCGGGGAAAUACGACAGCACGCACAGCCUUUAAUCGAGCUCACUACACGGGCGCCACCAACACAUCCUCCACGUCGUUCGAGGAACAAUACUACUCGGCCGCCAUCUACGGAGAAUUGUGCAACGAGGUGGUAGAGACGGACUCACCGUAUGGCUACUACGUUACCACUCCGGCGGUUGCUCGCGACCUCCUCAGCUUUGUCGAGGCAGAGGCCAAGCUGGCCGGCCGAUCCCCUUCAGAAGCCAAAUUAUGGGGUUUCGGCCAAAGCUACGGCACCGUCAUUGGCACCACAUUUGCGUCCAUGUUUCCUGACCGCGUCGGAAGACUGGUGCUAGAGAGCGUCAUGGACGUAGACCAAUACUACACCAAUGACUGGCGGAGCAACUUCGUCAACUCAGACAUGGCGUUUGACCAGCUGCCGAUUCUCUGCCACGCCGCAGGCCCUGAUCGAUGUUCUCUUUGGGGACCUACGCCAGACAAUAUCACAGCCAGGAUCGACGCCAUCAUCCAGAACAUCAUAAGCCACCCCAUUCCAGUCAGUGGAAUCACAAACCAGACUUUGCCGGGACUGGUCACGUACUCCGACGUCAAGUCGUUUAUUGUAUCCGGGAUCUACGAGCCGCUGAUUUACUUCCCCAUCAUGGCCGACGUUUUUGCACAGUUGGAAAGGGGUAACGCAUCUGCUCUCGUGGGAAUGUCGGAGAAGCUGUACCUCGACGCCAGCGACGGAGACGGAGGCGUCAUCAUUCGGUGCGCGGAUUCGUACCGAGAGAACAAACUCACCACGAUCGAGGACUGGAAAAACUACAUUGACUUCACCUUUUCCAGUAGCAAGUACAUUGGCGACAUUUUCCCGAUUUGGGCGAGGACAAUUCUAUGCAGAUCGGUUCGGCCACAACUGCCGGAUAACUUGAUGAUCCAAGGUCCGGUUACUGGAUUCAACAAAUCUCUGUCUUUCCCGAUCCUAUUCACGAGUAACACCCUCGAUCCUAUCGCGCCUGAAGCAAAUGCUCGAAAGAUGUCCUCCCGAUUCCCAGGAUCGGUUGUGCUCCUGCAGGAAGCUGUUGGUGUAAGUCCUCAAUCAAUCCCCACUCAAAUAUCUCAAGAAACGCUCCAGGCUAACCCUUCGGCUCUUUCACUCGGAUACAGCACCCCGUGA